AUGAGUCCUUCAAAAAAAGAAGAAGAAAGAGUUGAGAGAAUAAUUAGAGGUCUCUUAAAACUUCCUGAAAAUAAAAGAUGCAUCAAUUGCAAUGCCUUGGGACCACAAUAUGCAUGUACAACAUUCUCAACAUUUGUCUGCACAAAUUGCAGUGGUUUACAUCGAGAGUUUACACAUCGAGUAAAAUCGGUAUCAAUGGCAAAGUUCACUCCCGAAGAAGUCACUGCUCUUCAAGCUGGUGGCAAUGAGAGAGCAAAGCAGAUUUAUUUCAAAGGAUGGGAUCCUAUGCGACAUUCGUAUCCCGAUUCUAGUAAUAUGCACAGACUUAGAGAUUUUAUCAAGCAUGUCUAUGAGGACAGAAAAUAUACCGGCGAAAUAAGUCAAGAAAAUCUUCCCAAGAUUAAAUUGAAUAACAAGGAGGAGUCAUAUGAGAGUAAGAAGAUUAAUUCGUUUCGAUUAGAGUUAGUAAGUCCUAAGUCAAGUCCCGGUCCAAGAAACAGUACACGUGAAAGAAGCGACGGCGCGAAUUUAAGAUAUGUAUAUGAUGAAAGCAGAAGUCCUAAGUAUGUACGAAAGUAUUCAAGAUAUGGAGGGUUGAGCAAAAGUCCUAUGAAAUUCGAGGUUGUUGAUGAUAGGUUUCGGGACGACGACGAGUACAGAAACCACAGGCAAUCAAAUAUAGACUCAAAGCUAGGACAACUUUCAUUUGAUGGUCGUAAGAAUGUGGACAGACUCCCACCACCAGUUCAAAGAUCUUUGGGUGAAAUCAGGACGAAGCAUGAUUCAUCUUUACAAGUAACAACUUCGGGUGGAGAAGGUUCUAUUGAGAAAAAACCAUCGGCGCAAAUAAGUAAUAAACCAAGAAGCUUCAAUGAUUCGAGUAUGAAGUCUCAAGCUUGUGAAACUGCUAUUGUCGCUGUUCAAGAAACACCGAGUGUGACACAGUCUCAAACUUCUGAAACUGCUAUUGUCGCUGUACAAGAAACACCGAGUAUGACACAGGAAGGUGAAAGUAAUUGGGCUUCAUUCGAAACUUCUACCGAGGAAAAUGUUCCUAAAACUCCAAACACAAACACCAUUAAAUUUUACGCAACGGAACCAACACCUAAAGCAAAUACUUCAAGUCAAUUAGACCUUUUACUUCUUGAAUUAUCAGGUCCUCCGCCACAACCUGAGCUAAAUGGAACAGAAAACUCCGUUGAAGUUUCACAUGGAGAUAAACCAAGAAUAGAAGAUCCCAUUGAAGUUUCACAAGCACAUGAACCACUAAGCAUGCAAGAUUCUCCUUCUGUUUCCGUUGGUUGUAGUUCAACAACACAACCUAUAAAAUCGCCAAACAAUGUAGUUUCAAAUAAUGAGUCAUCGUUUUCUCCUAAUACACAUUCAUCAUCACAAGCUUUUGGCGAACGAUCUUAUCAAACCACCUCAAAUCCUACUCAAAACACCAAACCUGAUAUUGGCUCCAAGCCUAGUACGACAGAACUCAAGUCUAGUGGAAGAAUGGAACUUCCAGAGGACCUUUUUGCUACAAGCUACUUAUCUGGUCCUGCACCACAUGCAGGUUGGAAGAAUGUUCAACAUCAUGUCAUGGAAUAUGGAAAUAGUAUGCCGUAUUAUUCUAAUGCAGCGCCUCACUUAGCACUUCCCGUUGCACCAAAACCCAUGAACCCUUUUGAAGUAACUGAAGGGAGAAGUAUAGUGCCCGCAUCAUCGUCUUCGACUCUGGCAUCAACACAUGGUGUGCUACCAAAUGUAUCACAUAGAACAGGACUAAUGCAUGCUUCAAGUCUUGGUUCUUUAGACACAAUGAUGCCUUAUUCCACAAGUUAUGCAUCCCCUGGUGUGUGCUUUGAUCAAGUUAAUAAUGAAGAGCAACUUAUUAGAUCACAAAGAUUUGAUACCUUCAAUGGCGGCUUAACUCGUUAUGCAUCUCUAGAUAACAUUCAACAAUCGUACGGGGGAUAUGGAACACAUGGAACUCCGAAUUCUUUUUCCUAUACAGGAGGAAAUCCAUUUGGAUAG